AUGGAGAAGAUCAAGAGCAUUCUCCACCCCCACGGCCAUGACAAGGACCGUGAGACCGCUGGCGAUGUCACCCACGACAGCAAGGGCACCGCUGGCACAGCUGCACAAUCGGGUGCAGGCGCCACAGGAGCUUCAGCUGGUGCUGGGGCUACACCUAUCUACGACCAGAUGACUGGUGAGACCCCCAAGUUCUCCAACACACCCAAUGUCGGUGCUGGCACUGGCACGACCACAUCGACUGGUCUUGGCGAGGACAGGCAGGCUCGUGUGAGUGGUGGCAGGUCUAGCGACAGCUCCCAACUCGCAGACAGGUCUCAUGCAGGAAGCAACACGCGGCCACAAGUGAGCAGUGGCGCCUACGAUGGCGCGAGUGAGGCAAGCAUCAAGUCUGGUGUAAUUGGCUUCACACCAGGCCAGGAUGGUCAAGGACACGCCGCAUUGCCCAGCAACACUUCUGUUGAAGACAAGCUCCAACGCAGCCAUAUUGUUGGUGCAGGCACUAUAGGUGCGAACACCAGCUCGGGGCUGAGGAACGAGGGAACCACCAAGGAGCAGCCCAGUGUGAUUCCUGUCUCAUCAGGCACUGAUCGCUUCUUCCCUCUUUCUGGAGGCGUCACUGCAGGACAUCACGACCCCAGCCACGGCACACAUGGCAUGAACAGCGGGACAGAGAAGCGUGAGCUUUCAGGAAGUGAUCAUCAUGGUCGCGAAGGUCUCGCUGCCGCUGCAGGAACAGCUGCUGUUGCACAAAGUCACCACAGCUCCCAGGCGAGCGGCCUCAUUCCAGGCGAACGGAUUGCAUCGCCCACGGGACACACCCACUUGACAUCGAGCGUCCCAGAGCACAACAUUCACCCCGAUGCUCUGCACGCGGCAGGUGCACGUCCAGUAAACGAUUCUAAUGAGCCUGGACAUGGACCGCCUUAUGAGACACAUCAUGUCAAUACUGGCACCCUUCUUGACUACGAGAAGGCCUUCGGCAGUGACCCCCACACUCAGCACACUGGGCUGCUUGACUACCGUCCUCACGCACACAGGACAGGAACAAGCCCCCAUAUUCCUGGCGAGUUCCCUAGUGCCACUCCCGAGAGUGAGCGCGCUGGACCCAUUCUCGGAGGUGCAGACACAACAUCUGGAACCACGACCACAGGUCCCUCGACUUCGCACGAUCUCCGCCACACAGGAACUCUGAACGACCCCGCAUCGAGAUCUACCGAGUCGUCUGGCCAUCAUGUCGGACGCGAUGCCGCGAUCGCUGGUGGUGUUGGCGCUGCUGGCCUGGCUGCUGCUGCUGCUCACCACAAGAAUGAGACACCUUCGACUGGUAUCGGCAAUCUAUACGACGAGAAGAACCCCUACAGCUCCAAGACCCUUGAUCCUCGUGUCACUGGCGGCGAGUCUCGCCGCAACGAGCAGCUGCUCGACCCUGCAUCAACUUCAUCUGCGUCCAGAUCGCAGCCGCUUUCAGGCUCAUCUGCACCCGUUGUUAGUUCUGAGAAAGAAGAGAGGCAGCAUCACUAUGGCCGUGACGCCGCAAUCGGUGGAGGUGUUCUCGGUGCAGGUGCUCUCGCAAGCAAUGCCCUUUCUGGCGACAGACACCACGACUCUACUUUGAGCGAUUCCUCUUCUCUGCCCACGACCCAGCACACAACUGGCAACACUAACCCAAGUACCGUUGGGACCACAUCGGCCACUCACCACCUGCCGUCCUCUAACACAACUACAUCAACUACAACGAGCACCUCGACCUCCCACCAGCGUAUAGACGCUCAUGGUGAGCUCCAGCCUCAGCACCACUACGGACGUGACGCUGGUCUCGCGGGUGCCGGUGUUGGAGCUGCCACAGCAGCUGGUCUCGCACACUCUGGCUCUCGUGAUAAGCUUACUGGUCAGCGUACUGUUGGUUCUACAGCCGAGGACCCAGCCUCGAAGACCAUUGGACCUCACACGAGCAACAUUGCGAACAUUCUCGACCCUCGCGUGAAGCCUGAUCCAUCAAAGCAAAAGGAUCACACCACCACUGGUCCUCAUCAGUCUGACACUCUGAACCGGGCUGAUCCUAGGGUUGAUGACAAGGCUGGCCAGCACCACUACGGCCGAGAUGCUGCAGUCGCUGGAGGUGUCGGAGCCGCAGGCUACGAAGCUUACGAAGCUGCUAAGACGUACGGCGACCACCGCAGCACUCAGCCCGCAGCUUCGAUGCAGGAGCAGCGAUACGACCCGACUGCCGCCGAUGCGCGUGCACCCAACCCAGUUCCCGCUACUUCUGAGUACAACUACCAUAACCCUGACGUUGCCGCUCUCGCAAGUGCGACCGGUGCUAGCGCUCCAGGAUAUUACGGCACAGCUGCAGCUCAGACUCAGCAACCCUACACUACGGCACAGUUGGCGCAGUCCGCCAAUUCUCAGCCACCUCAAGCCUACAAGGCGCCUGAGAUCGACAGUAACGACCUUGGCCCAAGGGACAAUAGUUCUCGCAACGCUGCCCUUGGUGCAGGAGCUGGCUUAGCUGGAGUUUCCGCCAUAGGAUAUGGUCUGUCACACCAGGGUGACAAGAACCAUCCCACUACGACUCCCGGAGCAUCCAUUCAGCCUGAAUCAUCUUCGCUUCCUCAGCCCACCGGCUCGCUCGCUCAAAGCCAGCAGUACCCUUACAACGCUGAACCCAGCCAGUCUCACACUGGCCGCGAUGCUGCCCUCGUUGGCGGAGCUGGCGCUGCGGCUGGUGCAGGAGCCGGUUACGCCUACGGUCAGCGUAUGCAGCCUCAAUUUGACCCCAAGGAGCAGGAGAGGCUGGACAAAGAAACUGCCAAGCACCAACAUGAGCUUGAGAAGAAGCAUGACAAGGAGGUUCACAAGCUUGAGAAGGAGCACGAGAAAGACCUCAAGAAGCAGGAGAAGGAAGCUGCUGAGCAUGAAAAGAAGGACGAGAAGAAGAGCGGCGGUCUUCUGGGUUUCCUUCACCGUGACAAGUCGAAGAAGGAGAAGUCGCUCAGCCCAGAGUCUUCACCCCGAAGUUCUCAAGAUCGCCACUACGGCCGUGACGCUGCUGUUGCGGGUGGUGUAGGCGCUGGCGCUGCUGUUCUUGCCGAGAAUGAGCGCGAGGACAGGUUUGGCCAUGGCAGUGGCUACAAGGGCAGGAAUCUCUUGCACAAGGACCCACCUGCUGAUCACCCCGCUGCGCAGCCUCUUCAUGCCAACAGUCGCGUUGGUGUUGACGGACCGAUCGAUACUACUGGCCGUACAGACGAACAUCACUAUGGUCGCGAUGCUGCCAUCGGUGGCGGCGCUCUCGGUACAGGAGCGCUCGGUGCUCAUGAAUUGUCGAAGGAUCGCACUGGGCCCGGCAACCUCUCAAGCCCUACCAGCGGUACUCUUGGCGCUCGCGAGACCGCUGUUCAUGGCCAGCACUCUGGCCUGACCGGUCACCAGACAAGGACCCUUCCUGACUGCACAAGGGACGAGCGCCACUACGGCCGUGAUGCUACUACUGGCGGCGGUGCUCUCGGCGUCGGUGGUCUCGCUGCUCAUGAGCUGCACGAUACGCGUAUUGAGCCCCCUUCCACCACCGUUGGCCACCAAGGCACCCGCCUGGCUAGCUCUCAGCAGGCCACUAUCCCCAGCAACACCGCCACUGGAUCUAUACUCGCCCACCGUGACCAGACUGCUCCCCAAGACACCUUCGUUCGCGGUAAGCGGGAGCACAUUGGUAUCGACGGCCCAAUCGGCGAUCCCAACAUGAUCUCCGGUGACCGUCAAACGAAGAAGGGCAUCUACGGUGCUCACCCCGUCGAGGACCUUACCAAGGACUGCACCGUCAUCGAGCCUCGCACCGGCCUUCCCAUGAAUGUCGGUCGCUACGGUGAUGGCGCGGGUGGUACUGAUGGUGGACCCAUCGGCCACCACCGCCACGAGACUAUCCCCGGACAGAUCCAGCCAGGCACUGCGGACACCGAGCAUGCGACGACGAACUGGGAGGAUGUUGCCAAGAAGAACACUAUCUAUUGA